AUGGCAGCAAAUGGAGCAAGUCGCAAGGACCCGAUCUUGGACCUGGCCAAGUAUAUCGACCAAGAAGUACGUGUCAAAUUCCACGGUGGUCGUGAAGUGACGGGUAUACUGAAAGGCUACGAUCAGCUGGUGAAUCUUGUGCUGGACGACUGCGUUGAGCUUUUGCAUGAUCCAAACGACGAGUAUCGGAUUACGGACGAGACACGGAAAGUUGGACUUGUGGUGUGUCGAGGCACGUCCGUUAUGCUCGUAUCUCCUAUGGAUGGUACUAGUGAGAUACCAAACCCGUUCCUACAGCAAGAAGGAUAA